UGAAUCAGUAGUGAAUUGUAGUAAACACAGUAGUAACUCUGAGCAGCAUGCUGAAAACUACACAAACAACCACUGACAAUACUUAAAACAACAAGGCUCUACAGUAAGACAGUCAGAUUAUCAAGAUUAAGUGAAGAGUUGCGUGUUCAGAUGGCAGAAGAGAGACAGACAGCUGUCGAGAGAGACAGGAAGAGACAGACUGGACAGAAAGACACUCUGCUUGAACGAGUGCAGGACAUUCUCAACAAUAUACAAUUGCAAAAGAUGCAGAAUGAGCCAGACAGCCUCCCCCCAACUUUUGGGUCCAAAACGAGCCCGCUCAGCUCCAUCAGACCCACUGCAGCUGUUUCUCACUGCGUAGGACUGUGUUUGUCCCCAGCUCAGAACCAGACCCUCAGUCCCAGCAGCUCUCUGAAGAAAGAGACCCUCAGACUGCUCAACCAGCGCAUGGUGAGAGUGAAGAACAUCUCGGAACAUCUCCACAGAUCGUCUGAUGAGUCCAGUGACAGUAUUGACUCUGUUCUAGGCGGUCUCUCUUUCAGUCUGACGGGUUCUUACGCCCAGUUACCCAGCCCUCAGCCCAGCCGGAGCCCUCUUGCACACUGCGCACGGAGACCUCGCCCACAGACCGCCGCUCACAUCCUCAUCUCCUGCCCUGUCAGCGAGUCGGAGCUCAGUCUAAACGAAUCUGAAAGUGAAGCACAACAACAUUCAACUUUUAACGAAUCUUGCCUCCCCCCCUCUGGUGCUGAAUGGAACUGCAGCUGUUCAAAGUUAAGUGAUAGACAGCUGUCAAUCACUACCUCCACACCCAACAGUGCCAGUAGCAGGAAAGAAACGACCAGCAUAACCAGGUCACCACAAGACGUGACCUGUGAGAAAGGCAAACCAGCUCAUCGUUCACCCCCAGCGCCACUAAACCAAUCGUAUGAUGUGGAGAGUCCGUCACCCUCUCUGAUCAGACCUCAGGUGGUGUCCACACCCUCAUCAGGCUCUGUCAGGAUGGUCCGACACAGACUACAGCUGGAAGGAGACUCACAUGAACAGGAAGUGUCUGUGAAGACGAUGAAGGCUUUCUGUCGUCUCAGCGCCGUAGCUCGAGGCUUUCUGACUCGCAGACUCCUGCAAACUUGCAAAAUCACACACCUGCGCAAAACUAUACAGGACUCCAGGGAAUUCAUCCGCUCAUUCCAGACUGAAUCCCAGCUGAAGAGAGUCUCUGUAUCCCAUCAGGAUCUGACACUACAACACAGACUCACAGCACAGCUGCGAGCAGCACUGCAUGACGUGCAUAAAAUCUUCUUUGUGUGGCCUUUGAAAAACAGACUGCAAUUACUGCAACAGGACAGAGAGAUACGCAAAGAAAGACGACUUAGAGAGAUGGAGAAACCCAAGAGUCCUGCAAACACACAGAUUCUGUCAUCUGCCACACUGAAGACACUUCACAGGAAAACUCACAGGCAGGUGAAGAAGAUGAAGGUGCUGCCCAAGAGUCCAGCUACGAGGAUUCUGCAGACCAGUCUCUGUCAGAAUGGAGUUUGUUCCUCUCAACAGUUCAAACUACAGAGUGCAUUGAAGAAGAGAGACGAGUGUUCGGGGGUGAGACAGCAUUUGGUUAAGAGAAAACAUUUGUCCCUGGGAUAAACACACACACACACAAACAUAAAUGCACACGCACGCACGCUUAAUGUUAAUUCAUGUCAUGUUCACACUCAUGAGUUGUCACAUCACUUAUCUUUACACUAUCAGUGUGAAAUAACAUUUUUGAAACAAAUGCUUCUACUGAGAAAACAACCCUACACAUCAGUUUAUUGCUUUACAGAUAUGUGCAAUGGUUUAAUUACUAUGCAUCAAAUAAAAUAAUAAUCUAGACAGUAAACUUUGAUGUUCAUGGAGUUUUGGG